GUUGCUCAAGAGUCAAGACUUAAAAAAAAAUCAUGUGUCAAGAAAGGCAGAGGAAGAAUAUGGGUUUGAUCACAACAAUCCCCUGAAGUGAAGAGACCAAAACACACAUCUCACUCUAUUGAUUUUUUUGUUGCUUGUCACCAUUUUCUAAAGCUCUUCCUCUUUAACAUAUAUAAGUCAAAAUAAAAAUGCUUCCUUUACGUUCUCUUCCAAAGAAAGCAUCUUCAUUUCUCCACUCUCUCUCUCUCACUAAGCGCAAUGGACGAGACCCAGAUCGCUUCCAUCCUCAAAUCCUCCGAGCUCUACCCCAUCCCUCAAAGCGUCAAACUUUCGUACGGAACUGCCGGCUUCCGAGCCGACGCGUCCCUCCUCGAAUCCACCGUCUACAGAGUCGGCAUCCUCUCAUCUCUCCGCUCCCUCAAGCUCAACUCAUCAACCGUCGGGCUCAUGAUCACCGCCUCCCACAACAAAGUCUCCGACAACGGCGUCAAAGUCUCCGACCCCUCCGGCGGCAUGCUCUCUCAAGAAUGGGAGCCUUUCGCUGAUCAGAUCGCAAACGCGUCUUCUCCUCGAGAGCUCGUCUCGUUGAUCAAAGACUUCGUGGAGAAGGAAGAGAUCGCAAUCGAGAAAGGUGGAGAGGUGUGGUUGGGGAGAGAUACUAGACCUAGCGGCGAACGGCUUCUCCGAGCUGCGGAGAUUGGAGUUCGCUCUGUUUUGGGAUCUGUUGCGGUUGACGUUGGGGUUUUGACUACUCCUCAGUUGCAUUGGAUGGUUAGAGCUAAGAACAAAGGUCUCAACGCUACUGAAAGUGAUUACUUUGAGAAUCUUAUUACCUCGUUUAAGUGUUUGAUUGGUCUGAUCCCUGUUAAGUUAGAGAGUAGCAAGUUGGUUUUAGAUGGUGCUAAUGGUGUAGGUGGGCUGAAGAUGGAGGUUUUGAUAAGGUCAUUGAGUGAUAUAGAUGUUGAGAUACGUAACACAGGGAGAGAUGGAGGUGUGCUUAACGAAGGUGUAGGUGCUGACUUUGUGCAGAAGGAAAAGGUUGUGCCUUUAGGAUUUGGGGUAAAGGAUGCUGGGAUGAGGUGUGCUAGCUUUGACGGUGAUGCGGAUCGGUUGGUUUAUUUUUACAUUCCGUCAGAGUCUUGUGGUGGUGACAAGGUUGAGUUACUUGAUGGUGACAAGAUUCUAUCUUUGUUUGCUUUGUUUAUCAAAGAGCAGCUGAACAUUAUUGGUGAUGAAGGGAAGAAGUGUCGUCUUGGUGUUGUGCAGACGGCUUACGCCAAUGGUGCGUCAACGGAUUACGUUAAGGAGAUGGGUUUAGAGGUUGUUUUUGCGAAAACCGGGGUGAAGCAUUUGCAUGAGAAAGCAGAAGAGUUUGAUGUUGGGAUCUACUUUGAAGCUAAUGGCCACGGGACUAUUCUAUUCGCGGAAUGUUUCCUGUCUUGGUUAGUUGGUAAGCAAAAGGAUUAUAGUGAAGGCUCUGAUAAGCACAAUGCGGUUUCUAGGCUAGUGGCAUUGAGUAAUCUGAUUAACCAAGCGGUUGGUGAUGCUCUAAGUGGGUUGCUCUUGGUUGAAGUGAUUCUGCAGCAUAUGGGAUGGUCAGUGCAGAAGUGGAAUGAGCUAUACAAGGAUCUUCCUAGCAGACAGGUUAAGGUGGAAGUUCUGGAUAGAACAGCGGUUGUGACCACAAGCGAAGAGACCGAGGCUCUGAAGCCCUUGGGGAUUCAGGAUGCCAUUAAUGCUGAGAUCAAGAAGUAUGGGCGUGGAAGAGCUUUCAUAAGGCCAUCAGGUACAGAGGAUGUGGUGAGAGUAUAUGCAGAAGCAUCUACGCAAGAAGCUGCUGAUUCUUUGGCUAGUUCUGUGGCUCAGCUCGUCAAAAGCUUCCUUGGUUCAAGCUAAAGAUCCAUCUAAAGCUCUGCAUGAGUAUGCUAAACAUAGAUUUUUCUUGUUCAUCUCUUACCUUUCACAUCUUUUGUAUAACUUGAAUGACAUGUUUCUCUUGUCUUUUGUUCUGUUUCUUGAGAGCUGCUUUGUUUCUAUUCUAGUUCUUCUUCUCUCUCUCCCCCAAUGUAAACUGAAACAUACUUGGCUUGCCUGAAUAGAACCUGCAGCUCAUUUUCUCGUGAAAUAGUUUAAAGUGAGAGAUCGUUGUUAAGGAAUCAGUAUCAGGUACUUAUAAUAAGAUCGUGUACUUGAAAAACCUUAUGCCUUAAUCUCUUGCUUAAGAAGGGAACAUGGCGCAUGCCUUUGUCUCCGACAGUUACUUCACUACAAACCCAACAAUGACCCCUCUCAGCAAAACUAUCACAAUCUUAUUUUUUUUUUUGAAACACAACUUCAUUAAAUAACGUUUAGGUGGAGGGCAUUAAAGCCUCGGCUACAAAGAGGAUCUGCUUUGCAAGUCUAUCAGCCUCUGCGUUCUCGUUCCUAGGAAUCCAUCUAAAGGAAAUAAAGCCAAAUGAUCUAACAAUACACAAGAUAUCAGCAACAACUCCAUACAAUUCGGGUACAGAGUUUUUGUCGAGGAUGCUGUUGAUGAGGGUUUUGGAGUCUGAUUCAACAUUCAGGUUCUCAAUACCCAUCUCUAAACACUUCUGAAGGGCGGAUCUGAGAGCGAUUCCCUCAGCCAACAAAGGAGAGGCUACAUGCGAUUCCAGCGCUGUGAAUGUAGAAGAUACUCUGUUCUGAUUGACGAUCCAGCCCAAUCCCGCAACCGCUGUCGUGGCGUUCCAGGCAGCAUCAGUCUGGAGGAUGUUCCCUGUGGGGGGGAUCGCUAUAGGCCUGUUAACCACUGCAAGUCCAGAUUUCCCACAUAAUCCAGGUUGCGAGAUGACUCGUCGACACUCCUGUUGGGGGCAGGCAAUCCUUUGUCUUACACAGGUUCCAAACUUCUCUCAAAUCUAUAUUUCCUCUAUAGUCAAUGGCUUCAGUGAAAGGAGCUGCUUCCCAUAUAGUUUUCGCAUACUCGCAUUGAUAGAAUAGAUGAAAGGUAGAUUCAGGAUCCCCGCAACGCUUGCAUCGAGCGUCAAUAGGAAUAUGUCGUUCCUGUAGGUUAACUCCCACCGGUAAAGUCCCUCGAAGAGCUUUCCAGAUUAGCAUUUUAACUUUUGGUGCUGUUUGUAAGUUCCAGACUUCCUGGUUCCAGCUCCCUGUUGCUUCCAGUGCCGGAGAAUUUGCUUCCGCGAAAGCCGCGUGAUAGCCUGAUUUUGUAGUAUAUUCCCCAUUCUUAGUUCCCAUCCAACACAACUUAUCUGGAGCACCUGUUCUGCUAGCUUUUAUCUUCAGAAUCUUUUCCUCUGAGAAGGGGCAUAUAGCUCCACAUCCCACUCUCUAGAGUUCGACUUGAGCAGGUCGUCAACCGUUAGGUUCAAAUAUGCUUCUGGUGGGGGCCCCAUCAUAAUUUCGUGGCUUGAGACACUGAGCCAGGGGUCUUGCCAAACUUUGAUGUGAGCUCCAUCUCCCACUAACCAUCCAGCGUUUCUCUUAAUCAGCGCACCGCCUAUCAGUAUGCCUCUCCAGCCAUGUGACUCUGACGUUCUGCUUGGACAGUCUAGCAGGUUCCCAUCUGUGCAGUAUUUCCCGAGAAGCACCUUACCUAAUAGGCCUUGUGGAUUAUUCAGAAUUCUCCAACUAAGCUUGCCAAGAAAGGCGUCAUUGAAGCUCUCGAAAUCUCGUAAUCCUAACCCGCCCUUUGCUUUUGGUUGCGCCAUUUUAUCCCAUGAAAUCCAGGCCAUUUUCCUCUUCCCGGUGCUAUCAUCCCACAUAAAUCUCGUGACGGCAGACUGAAUCCGUUUUAUCAACGAUGCGGGUAGCUUAAAGCAAGUCAUGGAGUAAGAGGGGAUUGGUGAGAGCACACUCUUUAGCAUUACCAGCUUCCCAGCUGACGAUAAGUGUCGAUUAGACCAUCCACUCGCCUUCUGUUUAAUCCGCGUAACAAUCGAAUCAAACAUGUCUCUUUUACGUCUUCCAAAAUGCUCCGGCAAACCCAAGUAUUUCCCGGUUCCUCCUUCUUUUUGUAUCUGUAGGUCGUUUUUUACCGCCUCUUUGAGUGAUGCCGGGGUCUUUCUGGAAAAAGUAAUGGAUGAUUUUUCGGUGUUGAUCAUCUGACCAGAUGCUGCCUCGUAGCGUUGCAGUAUAGCUCUCAAAGUUUGUCUACUUCUUUUGUCAGCUUUGAUGAAAAACAUGGUGUCGUCUGCAAAUAAAAGAUGGUUGAUGUACGGACUGCCAGUUGCCACCCGUACGCCCGUUAACGAACCAUCUUCUUGUGCUCUGUUACAGAGUCCCGAGAGCACCUCACUACACAAAAUGAAUAGAUAAGGUGAGAGUGGGUCUCCUUGUCGGAUUCCCCUGCUCGGUCGAACUCUUCCUCUAGGCGAGCCGUUGAUGAGGAAAGAGUAUGUAACUGAAGAGACACAAUCUUAUUUAAAGUACAACUUUCAUGUGUGAUCCUAGUUGUGGAUAUAAUCAAAGAACAACUUAACCUGUGACAGAGACUUGUUGUUCUGUUGUUGAGAAACUUCAUGUCCCCACUUUACCUUCUUAUUAAUUAAAAUCCAUUUAGACCACAGAGAUGAGGCAAUAUGAUCAUCAUAGAACAUGAUGAAGAACAGAAACUGGCUGGUCUUUAUUAUUGACAAUAGUGUAUAUCUCUAAUAUUAAAAACAUUGAGAAAACAAGCCCUUGUGUAUGGGCAUAUAUGGAGUUUGUUUUUAGCUUAUUGUCCUACACUCAAUUAAUUAUCUCACCAAGAAAAAUUGUAUUUAAGUAUGACUUUUCAGUUGGUAAAGACAGAAGCAUGUGAAACUCUAUUCUAGUAUGACCCACACUUGAAGACCACAAGUUUCAAGACUUUUCAGAGAGAAGCUUCAAAAGGAUUAAAACUUUCAGACAAAAGAAAUUAGAAAUGGCUUUCGUGAGAAAUAUAUUGGGUGCAAAGAAGCUUCUUGGCCGCUCCAUCUCAGCAGCUUCCACGAGCAAAAGAGUAGCCUCGGCGGCACCAAAAGGCUUUCUUGCGGUGUACGUAGGAGAGGGUCAGAAGAAGAGAUAUGUGGUGCCAGUCUCAUACCUGAGCCAACCUUCAUUUCAAGCUCUUCUCAACAAAUCAGAAGAAGAGUUUGGGUUCAAUCAUCCAAUGGGUGGCUUAACGAUCCCUUGUCCUGAAGAUAUCUUCAUCACUCUGACGUCUCGGCUCCAAUGAUGACAAUUCAACAUAUUGUUCUUUGAGUUACAGAUAGACUUCUUCCUUGUAAAUAGAGGAUUUUUUUUUUUGUUUCUCUUUCUUCUUGAUAGAGUUGUUCUAAACGUUUUGAAAGUAAACACAACCUUUCUGUUA